AUGGAACGAGUUCGUGAUGUCCGAUUCAAGAGUUUGCAACACUCUGUUAUCGAGUGCCUAGUUGAUGGAAAGACAGCAACUCAAGCAGCAGGGGACAACGAACGAGCCAACCGCCUCCGGUUCAGCGGAUCCCUGCACGCGCCAGACCAAGGCGGCGAGGAGUCUGCUGCGGCAAAAGUGAAGAUGGUUGUGGGAUCGGGACCAAGGACAGAGCGAGGGUGGCGAGAAGGCAUGGGGCUUGCAACAGAAUGGCGACACAGCGGAGUGUCAGGCGAAGAAAAGAAGAAACGGGGUCCACGAGCAGCCGUCCACAUAAAGAGGGGGAAUGGCACAAUGCGGAUGCAGAAGGAGAAGAAUUGGGCGAUGGAAGACAUGGAAAAGGCGGUUCCCGAAGCGGGGAGCAAGAUCAAGUCUUUGCAGCGGGCAGCAAAGGACAACAACGUGCCAUUUUCAACCUUGAGAAGGCGGUUGGAAAGGAUGAGGGGAGGGGAGGCCGGGGAGGUGAAAAAGGGUGGGCGGACUGUAUUGCCAAAGCACGUGUAG